UCCGCCACUUUUUCACGUCUCUUUAACCAUUAUUAAACUCUUUCAACUGUGCUCGUAAAUAAUGUAUAUUCAUCUUAGUUUCUCUUUCUUUUUUGGUUGAAAUUUUUGAAAAGCUUUGGAGGGUAAUACUGUUAGGGAAGAUAAGGAAUCUAACUUUAACUUUUUUGGAGACAAAAAUUCUACUACCUUUUAAUUGCCUUCUUUCUCUAGGCUUUCUCUUUAUGCUUUGCUUUUCCAUUAGGACUAUUCUCACUUUCUUGAAAAGCACCCAAAGAAAGUCCCACUUUUUAUUUUUUCUUGCCUCCAUCUUCUUUUUUCUGAAGAAAUCAAUCGCUCUCUUGUGAUUUUUUGGAGCUUCAUACAUGCAAAGAUGAAGCCUUUUAGCUCUGUUUCCCUUCCUGAUCCUAAAAGUAGAUCAUGUCUCUGCAGCAUCUUCAUCACUGUUGCUUUGAUUUGUGCUAUUUACUUCACUGGAAACGCUUUUUUGGCCAAUGAUUUCAGGGUGUUUUUAGGAUUGGGAAUGAACAACUCACAACAGAAUGCACAAUGUGGUACAUGUGAGGUACAGUUAAGACAGCAAAAAGAAGCGAGUCAUACAUCUACCAAAUGCAAGGAAAAGUGCAGGCCAUUUGGGAGUGAGGCACUUCCUGAAGGAAUUGUUUCGAAAACUUCGAACCUGGAAAUGCGCCCGCUGUGGGGUGAUGUCGAUAAGAAGUCGCCAAAUUCAGUUAAUUUGUUGGCGAUUGCAGUUGGAAUAAAGCAAAAAGAGUUGGUGAACAGCCUCAUUAAAAAGUUUCUUGAGCAUGACUUUGUUGUGAUGCUGUUUCACUAUGAUGGUGUGGUGGAUGAAUGGAACGAUCUGGAAUGGAGUAGCCUUGUCAUACAUGUCUCUGCUAUGAACCAAACAAAAUGGUGGUUUGCGAAGAGGUUUCUACACCCUGACAUAGUUUCUGAGUAUGAUUACAUUUUCUUGUGGGAUGAGGACCUUGGAGUUGAAAGCUUUCAUCCAGACAAGUAUCUAUCUAUUGUUAGAGAAGAAGGGUUGGAGAUAUCACAGCCUGCACUUGAUCUUGGUAAAUCAGAAGUUCAUCAUCCUAUUACUGUACGCAGAAGGAACUCUAGAGUACACAGGAGGUUUUAUAGGUUCAAAGGUUCCUCAAGGUGUGAUAACAACAGCACAGCGCCUCCUUGUGUAGGGUGGGUGGAAAUGAUGGCUCCUGUAUUCUCAAAAGCUGCCUGGCGUUGUGCUUGGUAUAUGGUCCAGAAUGAUUUGAUCCAUGCUUGGGGCCUGGAUAAGAAGCUUGGUUAUUGUGCACAGGGUGAUCGUACAAAGAAAGUUGGUGUGGUUGAUUCAGAGUACAUAACUCAUCUGGGUGUCCCUACACUAGGUGGUGGUAAUUCAGAUGGAAAUAAGUCGAGCAAAGAACUGGCAGAUCAUUCUCCACAAAGCAAGAAUAUGUCCGAUUCAGAAGCAUCGGCAACUGCACUUUAUGAGAAAUUUGAUAAUAGAUCCCUGGUUAGAAAUCGAUCUUCUAUCGAAAUGAAGAUUUUCUGGGAAAGAUGGGUUAAAGCCAGCAAGGAAGAUGAAUGUUGGGUUGAUCCAUUUCAAAACCAAGAAACUGAACCUCGUGGUUAGUACAUGAUUGAUCACCUUCUACGAAACAAGCAGCGUUUGUGUAUACAAUGUGUACAGAAGAGUGCUAGUGCCUCAGAAGCUGUAAAUUUAUUACAGCGUGGAUAGAAAGAUAAAUCAAGAAGCAGCAAUACGAUCCUUUUACCUUAAGCAUGUAAAGAUGAAUCCUCGAAGAGCGUUCUACUGACGGUGUAUGGUUCAUGCAGCAUCUCUAGCGCGGGAAGGAGAAAUCAAGUCUUUUUGUUCUUUCCUUUUGCUACUAUCUUUUUUUUCCCUCUCCGAUUUUCACACUUUGGUUGGGUCUGCUAAAGAUUAAGUUUUGUGCAAUUUGUAAAUACCUUUUUCUUCUUUUGACUAAAGACUGUUGCUUGUGUAAUGUACAUAAAUUUUUGUCAAAAUCAAUUUGUUUGAUUUUAUCUGGUUGGUA